AAUUCCUUAUCUGUAUGAUAUUAACAAUUAAUCUAUGGUACAACAAUUUGAAAUAUCAAAUAGAGAAAAUGGCGGUGUUGAAUUUCCGUAAUCAAAAAUAAUUGGUUCUUCUGAAUUGUUUAUUAUAGCAAGUAAAAAAUAUUACAUGAAAAAUACUAUUUAAUGAAAGAGUCUAUAUAUAGCAUGACAUAUUACCAAUGAGUAUUAAGUCAAUAAUAGUGCAUUUAAACUCGGCAAACCCGUGAGCAUCAGACACAUUGUAAACAGAUUUUGGGUUAUUUAGUGUGAUUUAUUAUAAAAGUUUAUUUUCAAAAUGAUUCGCUAUGGUAUUAUAAGUUCUAUAUUAUUAUAAUAUACAAGUUUCAAGCAUUUACUCGUAGAUUACGAGCAUUCAUGGGAAAUGUUUUGAUAACAAGACAUAUAGGUAUAAAAUGGGUGAAAAAGAGGGAUUUAAUACCCUAGACUUUGAGAAAAAGUUGGCUCAGUUGAAGGAUACACAGGAAAGUAUCCAGGGACUUUCGUCUUGGUGUUUAAAACAACGAGCGCAUCAUAAGAAAAUUGUAUCGAGUUGGUUAAAUGUUUUGAAGCGUGUGAAGGUGGAACAGAGAUUAGUACUAUUUUACUUAGCUAACGACGUUAUUCAAUAUAGUAAAAGAAAGAAUUAUGAUUUCGUUGAAAGUUGGGGCCUUAAUUUGCAAAAAGCUACUCCACUUGUCAGAGAUGAAAAAGUUCGUCCAAAAAUACUGCGCAUUUUCAAAAUAUGGGAGCAAAGAUCAGUAUAUGAUGAUGAGUUUCUCUCAGACCUCACUGGAUUGCUAGUCGCUGGUGCAGUUAAAAAGACAGAUGAUGAUUUUGAUUUUCAGCCACAACAAUUAGUCAAUAAAAUAAAACAAUGUUCAGUCCUUGAGGCAGACACAGAUUUGAGACUGAAACAUAUACAUGAGAAUACUUUGGAUUUCUCAGAUACAGAUGCACUUUGUGAAAGCCUUAAAGAGAGAUGUUUAAAAGAUGAUGUAGAAAAGGAACUAAAUGAGGGCAUCGGUUGUAUAGAGAGGUAUACACAAGCGUUACAAAGGGAAAUAGUUGCUAGAGAGGCCUUAUUAGCAUUACUCUCUUCAGCGAACCAAUAUUAUUCUACGCAAAGAGGCGAAGUCAAAGUUGUUGCUUAUGCAUACAAAAGCUUUGGAUCGCGAGUUCGUGUGUUAAAAAGGAAGUUGGAUGACUUGACGCCUACCCUGCCUUCUUCAAUACCAUCUCCACCCCUCAGGGAUGAGGAUGUUCCGUCUCCAGGCCCCGAUGAAGACCUGCCUCUGCCUAACAUGGGAGAUAAUGAUGUGGCCUACAACAUAGACCAAACAUUCAAUACGACCAUGUCUGCCGAUGGGUCUCUUUACAACUUGGGACUGUCAUCAUUUCUCACUUCGGAUAAUCCUCUCUCAAUGUUUGGGGAUGAGAUUGAUCUCACUAAUGCCAAUAAAAUAGAAGUUAUAAAUACGAGGCCAAGCGAUAAACAAGAUUUCAGUAUAAAUGACUUCUUGAAAACCCUGACGCCAGCUGAAAACUCCGCAUCGCCAAAUGAUUCAGUGUCCAAAAGUGAGUCGUUGCCCGGUUUGGACCUUCUGACACCGGAUAGCACCGGAAUACCGCCUCCACCCACUUCCUUCUACAGCGCUAUGGAUCCAAUCACCAUAUCCGAGGACGCGGAACACCAAUAUCUCCCCGAGGCAAUAGUGAGUAGACAGUGGACUAAUGUAUGGGCUGCGCCUGCGCCGAUUACGCCCCGCGUUCCAGUGCCGAAUGAACGGGCCGUGUUCGAGGAGCCUCCCGCGUCGCCUCCGCCUUCGUUGGUGGCCCCUUUGCCCCUGCCUACGAUUGUGGAAACACACCCUACAGAAAGUUCAGCGCGUGACGUGGAUCACAGAGGCAUACUACCACCGCCCCCACCGCCGCCAUCUCUGCCUAUGCUUGGGGGUAUAGAAGACGUGGACCACAGAAUGAUGAUGCCGAGCUUGCCUUUGACUCCAAUCACUCCCCCCGCAAUAAGGCAACCCCUCUCACAAGAUGUGGACCACAGAAAUUUAAUAUCUCUGACACAUCAACCGCCCAGACCACACAAUGCGGUAGCUGAUCAGGAUUACCGGGUACCACCACCGAUGGUACCUCCUCCGGACAUCGUCGAAAGUGUUGAUAUGGACCUCUCGGAAGAUGAAGAACAACAAGGUGGGUACCAGAAUCAAAACCAAAUCGAGCAUAGAAGAAAUAGCUUCAACAACAACAAAGUCCUCGUUGGCGGUGAAGAUAAACGCGCAGACAAACACACAAACCAUCAAGACAGCCAUUCCGCACCCAUCUUACCACCCCUACCCAAUCCCUUCGAAAACAUGCCCCCAAAUCUCAAAUUCACAAUUCCCCCAGAAUUCCCUGAUCCAAACAUGCAAAAAUUUCCCAAUUACCCGGACAAAGGCAAUCCGUUCGAAUUCGAUAAUCCGAAAUUCCAACCUAAAAAUUUCCCCGACUCCCCUCUGCCCCAUAUGCAGAACUCCCCCAAUUUCGAAAGACCCCAACCGCCCUACGAACCCAAUUUCGCGGAAGACGAAGUGGAGAUGUUCGAAGAUCACGAUCAGGAUUUCGGUAAAAGUGAUUGGAACCGGCAAAGGUACCCCCGAAACUGGGCCCCGCGGACUAACUUUAGGCCGCCGGGGCAAUUCGGGCCCCAGUUUUGGCCCCGUAACGGACCCAGGCCCAACGGGCCCAGAUGGAUGGGACCCAGGCGUUUUUGGUGAUGUGUAAAUAGUUUGUGUAUCACGGUGUUUUAAUAAAGCUAAUUAAUAGACUAUAGAUUUAUGUUGCGAUGUUCCCAUUUUAAAAUAUGAUUGAACAUAAUCUGUGUCAAAUUGUCAAUCAUGAUAUUAUAGUCUGUGAGCAUUCGCUAGAUGACGUCACACAUUGUAUUCGUUUAAGAUAAAAAAUAAAAAAAUAUUCAAAAUAUACAAUUAUGUUGGUUAUUUUUAUGUAUUUUACAAUUUUGUAGCCUAGUUUGGUGUUUAUUCCUAAUAUUUUUGCUAUUUUAAUCAAGUCCAUUCAAGUAUUACAUAAGCUCUAUAGGGGAAGGAGGGUCUUUACGUCUUACGUCAACAAUAAUCUUUUUACAUAUUACCCAUACAUUGUCUAUGCUUGAAAACUUCAACGCAUAUCAUUUUCGAGGAUUCCUACUAAUAAUAAUAAUAGUAUGUUCUAUUAUUUUUUAGAGCUUGACUUUUGCUGACGUGUGUGUGGUGGUGGGGGGGGG